AAGGAACUGAUGAUUGGAAAAAGCCUUGUCUCAUAAAGUCAUAUCAGAAUGAUAAUUCGAUAAUAUCAAAAGAUUCAAAAAUAAAACAAGGGAGUUAUAGUAAAUCUUUAAAUGAUUCUUUAGCUUUAUCGUCAUCAUCUGAUCUAUCUUAUUGUGAAAAAGAUCAAUAUUUCAAUACUAAGAGAG